AUGGGUAUGGGCAUGGGUAUGGGUCCGGGUAUGGGUAUGGGUCCAGGUAUAGGUAUGGGUGGUUCAAGGCAACAUGAAACUUUUGGUAGGUCCUCUAGCCAACAAAACACUCCCGGUUCUUUUUUUGAUCGUCAAAGGCUAGUUGAUACUCCACCACCGACACAAGAUUCUCAAGAUGAUGAUAUUGUUCAAGAGACACAACCACCUCCUCAACCAUCAAAACCAAGGCGGCAUAGGAAAAAAGUGGUCGGCGAAGACGAACCACGACCAAGAAAUGUCCAACAAACGUGGUUACCACCGGAAGAAAUUAAUUUAACUACGGUUUGGCUAUCGGUGACCGAAGACCCGGAAUGUGGAAAUUAUCAAAAAAAGGGGGUAUAUUGGUCACGAAUAAUGGAGGCUUUGGCGACAUUAGAAGAAAAGCCGAAAGAUUACCGUGACCCCGAAGUUGUGAGUGCGAAAUGGAGGAAGAUACGUCCAAUUAUUCAAAACUUCAACCAAAUCUAUACUCGAAUCGGUCAUGCAAGUGGGGAAAACGAUUUAGACCGUGUUAGAAAGGCCAACGAAGAGUAUGAAGGAACUUAUCGCAAGCCAUUUCUGUAUUCAUCAAUUUGGAGCAAAAUUAGGUAUAGUUUGAAGUUUUAUCUCGUGGACAAAAACACUGUGAGGACCAAUCUCUGUCAACCCACGGCCAAAAGGUCGAAGACUUCAUCACCCACCGAUCCAGUGGCUAGUUAA